AUGUGCGAGUCCGUGACGAUCGAUUGGCUUGGCAUCAAAGAUCCGGAAGAGAAGAACACCAUGAAGGUGGUGUGCGAGCGAGGAUCUCGCCUGAUACUGAUACACUUUGGCUUCGUGCUACCAUCCCUCUUGGGUUAUGUACUGGUCCCGGUGGUUUUACCGUACGUGCUCAAUCCUUACUUGCCGGAAAACAUGACCCUCAAGAGGAGCCUCUGCGCUCACGUCGAGCUCUUCGUCGAUCAGGACAAAUACUUUUACCAUAUUCUCAUUUUUCUCAUUCACAUGGUGAUUCUGAUUAUGCUGAUAGUCAGUGCGUUGGAUUUGGCCUACACGUCUUGCAUUACCUACGUCAUGGGCAAGAUCAUAUGGAUUGGACACGUUUUUGAAAAACUUGGCGAAAUAAAUGUUUCUGAUGAAAGCUCAAGCUCGAAACGAAAAAUGAACGUUUACGUGCACCGAACUGUUAUCGGAUUGAUUAAACGUCAUCAAAUAUGCUUGGAUUUUUCUCAGACGUUGAACGAUACUUGUAGCCCCAAGUUUUUUAUUUCUAUCAUAGUCCUCUUGAAUCUCUUGAGUUUAUCGGGAUCUAUGGCAGUCGUUGAAAUUUCUUACGAUGCCAGUAGCGCUACUAAAAUGGCAGUGGCUUUCGUAAUGAUAUUAAUUUUGGUGCUUGUAAUCUGUUACCCAAGCCAACUGCUGAUCGAUGCCAGUAACGACAUAUAUUUCAAGUGCUACACCAGCAAAUGGUACGAGUAUCCAGUGAGAACUAGAAGAUUAUUGAUUUUGAUGAUGACCAGAGCAGCCGAACCUUGUUACAUGACGAUUGGGCCCACAGUGCCUCUUCAUUUCGAGACAGCUAGCACUAUCAUCAAUACGGCUAUGUCCUACGUUACGACGCUGGUGUCACUUUGCGCACUCUAA